GAAGCAGCUCUCCGUAUCACCCGCUAGCUAAAUAAAACGCCGAAAUGUUCUUGUUUUAAAGGAGAUAAAAUCACUCGACAUUAUGUAUAUUUAAUUUACAUCUUACCGUCGUCGUCUUCCCUCUAACUGAACGGUGAACACCGGCAGUGAACCGACGUUACCGGGGGGGAGUGUUGACGGUGUGACACCAGCCUGGAGAACAAGACGCCGAUCGCAUCCCUUCACUGUGAAUUUGUUUUAGCUCCAUUCUCCGUCUAAUUAUUUACGUUUUAUCCAUCGUAAAUGAGUUGCAGAGGAGACAGCGACGAUGACAGCUGCAGUAAACGGAGAGUCGCGUACGUGUACAGCCCGGAGUACAUCGAGACUUGCGACAGUUUAUCCAAAGUGCCAAACCGGGCAAGUAUGGUCCACUCCCUGAUAGAAGCCUAUGGACUCCUUCAAAACAUGAGCACAAUUAAACCUCAACUGGCCACCAUCGAGGAAAUGGCCAAGUUCCACACUGACUCAUACCUGGAGCAUCUUCACAAGAUCAGCCAAGAUGGCGACAACGACGACCCCCAGUCGGUCGACUACGGCCUUGGUUAUGACUGUCCAGUGGUGGAGGGGAUAUUUGAGUACGCUGCAGCAGUAGGCGGCGCUACACUGACAGCCGCCCAGUGUCUGCUGGACCAGAAGUGUGACGUUGCCAUCAACUGGGCAGGCGGUUGGCACCAUGCAAAGAACCUGCAUCAACCGGACCAGUCUGGACUUCAGUUGCUCGGAAAGGUUGCCACACCAAGCUGUGAUCCCAUAUUUGACGUGGCUGCCUGAUAAAAGAUUAACACAAAUUUCUGAUCAACACCAUAUAGUCUAUGCAGGAAGGGCAUUUGUUGUUGUAAUCUGUUACAAAGCCUGUUCAUAUGGAUGUUGCAGGCUACACUGUAUGCAUUACCACACACAAAUAAGGAUUCUUGAGAAUUUGGAAUAAAACAGGUUUUAAUUUUGAAAAGAAAUAAAAUGUAACAUUAAGAAAUCUAUAUUUAUUUGUUUAUUGUACAAGAUCUCACAAAUCUAGAAAUAUUUUGCUGCAACCUCCUGAUUUUGUAAUUUUUUUCAUUAAAUAUGUGUUUUGCUUGUC